GGGAGAAUCAGGACUGCGCGGUGAGACCCCAAGGGUGUGGGGCGGGGGAUCCCAGUCCCCGCCCCGUUUUCCCCGUCCCUCCCCCUGCCUCCUUCACGCCCCUCCCCCUCCUCCUCUCUGGUUGGAAAGUUUCUAGAAUCUCUUCCCAGCGGCCUUUGCGGUUCCAACAUGGCGGAGCUGACGGUGGAGGUUCGCGGCUCCAACGGGGCUUUCUACAAGGGAUUUAUCAAAGAUGUUCAUGAAGACUCUCUCACAGUUGUUUUUGAGAACAAUUGGCAACCGGAACGCCAGGUUCCAUUUAAUGAAGUUAGAUUACCACCACCACCUGAUAUAAAAAAAGAAAUUAGUGAAGGAGAUGAAGUAGAGGUGUAUUCAAGAGCAAAUGAUCAAGAACCAUGUGGAUGGUGGUUGGCUAAAGUUCGAAUGAUGAAAGGAGAAUUUUAUGUCAUUGAAUAUGCUGCUUGUGAUGCCACUUACAAUGAAAUAGUCACAUUUGAACGACUUCGGCCUGUCAAUCAAAAUAAAACUGUCAAAAAAAAUACCUUCUUUAAAUGCACAGUGGAUGUUCCUGAGGAUUUGAGAGAGGCGUGUGCUAAUGAAAAUGCACAUAAAGAUUUUAAGAAAGCAGUAGGAGCAUGCAGAAUUUUUUACCAUCCAGAAACCACACAGCUAAUGAUACUGUCUGCCAGUGAAGCAACUGUUAAGAGAGUAAAUAUUUUGAGUGACAUGCAUUUGCGAAGUAUUCGUACGAAGUUGAUGCUUAUGUCCAGAAAUGAAGAGGCCACUAAGCAUUUAGAAUGCACAAAGCAACUUGCAGCAGCUUUUCAUGAGGAAUUUGUUGUGAGAGAAGAUUUGAUGGGCCUGGCAAUAGGAACACAUGGUAGUAACAUACAACAAGCUAGAAAGGUUCCUGGAGUUACAGCUAUUGAGCUAGAUGAAGAUACUGGAACAUUUAGAAUCUACGGCGAGAGUGCUGAUGCUGUAAAAAAGGCUAGAGGUUUUUUGGAAUUUGUGGAGGAUUUUAUUCAGGUUCCUAGGAAUCUUGUUGGAAAAGUAAUUGGGAAGAAUGGCAAAGUUAUUCAAGAAAUAGUAGACAAAUCUGGUGUGGUUCGGGUGAGAAUUGAAGGAGACAAUGAAAAUAAACUACCUAGAGAAGAUGGGAUGGUUCCAUUUGUAUUUGUUGGCACUAAAGAAAGCAUUGGAAAUGUGCAAGUUCUUUUAGAGUAUCAUAUUGCUUAUCUAAAGGAAGUAGAACAGCUAAGAAUGGAACGCCUGCAGAUUGAUGAACAGCUACGACAGAUUGGUAUGGGUUUCAGACCUUCUUCCACCAGAGGGCCUGAAAAAGAGAAAGGAUAUGCCACUGAUGAAAGUACCGUCUCUUCUGUACAAGGUUCUAGGUCUUAUAGUGGAAGAGGCAGAGGUCGUCGGGGCCCUAAUUACACCUCCGGUUAUGGUACAAACUCUGAGCUGUCUAACCCAUCUGAAACUGAAUCUGAGCGUAAAGACGAGCUAAGUGAUUGGUCAUUGGCGGGAGAAGAUGACCGAGAGAGCCGGCAUCAGCGUGACAGCAGGAGACGCCCAGGAGGAAGAGGCAGAAGUGUUUCAGGGGGUCGAGGUCGUGGUGGACCACGUGGUGGCAAAUCUUCCAUCAGUUCUGUGCUCAAAGAUCCAGACAGCAAUCCAUACAGCUUACUUGAUAAUACAGAAUCAGAUCAGACUGCAGACACUGAUGCCAGCGAAUCUCAUCACAGUACUAACCGUCGUAGGCGGUCUCGUAGACGAAGGACUGAUGAAGAUGCUGUUCUGAUGGAUGGGAUGACUGAAUCUGAUACAGCUUCAGUUAAUGAAAAUGGGCUAGAUGAUAGUGAAAAAAAACCCCAGCGACGCAAUCGUAGCCGCAGGCGUCGUUUCAGGGGUCAGGCAGAAGAUAGACAGCCAGUCACAGUUGCAGAUUAUAUUUCUAGAGCUGAGUCUCAGAGCAGACAAAGAAACCUCCCAAGGGAAACUUUGGCUAAAAACAAGAAAGAAAUGGCAAAAGAUGUGAUUGAAGAGCAUGGUCCUUCAGAAAAGGCAAUAAAUGGCCCAACUAGUGCUUCUGGCGAUGAAAUUUCUAAGCUACAGCGUACUCCAGGAGAAGAAAAGAUUAAUACCUUAAAAGAAGAAAAUACUCAAGAAGCAGCAGUCCUGAAUGGUGUUUCAUAAACUGAAGAAGUUCCUAGUUUACAGUUCUUUUACAUUACAUUUUACAAUAGUGCUUGUACAAGCUUGCCAAAGAUAGAAUAUGGAUCGCCAGUCUUUACAUCGCACUUUCAGUUCCUCCAUUUGGAAUUCAGAAAGGGGAGGGAUCCUGAAGAAAUCAUAUGUUAAACAUACUUUGACACCUACUGUGUUAUAAAAUAUAUCAUCAGAUGUGCCUUGAGAAUAGUAUAUGUAACAUUAAAAAAAGUUGCUGGCUAUAGGAAAUGUUAUUUUGUUUUCAAAAUAUGGCAGAGAUGGGGGGAGGUGGGUGGGGGGUGGGAUCCCUAAGGGAAUAUUCUUUAUGAAAGCAUUAGCUGCUUUUGUUACAUUUUUAAUAAUAUGCAACCACUUCUUCACCUGAGGAAAACUAGAGUGAAAUGCAGUCUAAGAUAUUUUGCACUGAAUUGUAAUUUCUUCAUUAGUUUAGUCUGGAAACUGGUCUGUUUUAAUGUGUUUUUAAAAUGCUGUAUGUAGAGGAAAAUCUGCAGGCCACUGGAAUACAUUUGUUAAAUUCUCAUCUGCAGGGACACUGGGUGAUAUUGGCAGUGACUGUUCUACAUUGAGGCUUUGUUUGGUUUAUUUAUUAAAGUGUACAGUAUUUAAAAAAUCAAACAUAGCUUUAGUUAAAACACUAAGCUGAAUUAGUCAUGUCCAUUCAGACAUAACCUGAACUACUGAAAAGAUCAAUUUCCAGAAGGUUUAUUCUGUAUAAACUACAUGUUAGUCUUCAGUAGAGUAUCUUUUCCUUUUCUUUUUUCCCCCUUUUUCUUUUUUUUUCCCUUUUUUUUUUUUUUUUUUUUGAUUUUGGUUGUUUGAUGUGCAAUAUGUUUUUGUAUGCAGGUAGUAAAUAAACUUUGAUCUUCCA